AUGUGCCAAUACAGUGAAGACUUCUUCAAGUAUUCUGCCUGUGGCCACAUCGUUACUACUGGCCGCCAAGUUGCCCUGGACGAGCGAUACGAUUGCGGCUCGAGCAUGUGCUACUACAGUAUUCGCCACAAAGAGUUGGCCCCUCACUCCUGCGUUGCCAGGAACUGCAAUCGAAAGAGUGUCGCCAAUGUUCCAAACAACCUCAAGGCCCGCGAAGGGUUCUGCCCUGCGUGCAUCAAGAAGAAUACCCAGAAGGGCGCUGACACCGUCCCCGCCGACGGAAUGUUCUCCAUGGACUGUUAG